AUGUCCACCGACGCUGGCGGUUCGGCCAUGAGCCGUCGCUAUCUGCCAGUGAGCUCGUUACCGACGACGUCUCUCCAGCAGUCAGCCGUGGCCGUCAUCUUCACAUUUAACUCGCUUGCUCUCGUCACCUACCUCCUGCGUAUUUACUCCAGGAUCAUCACGAAGCAAGUGGGCAUCGAUGACUAUUUCGUCACGGCUGCUAUGGUAUUUUCCAUAGGAUUAUUAGUUCCGACGUACAUGUUUUUCCGAUACGAGUUUAUCGGCUUCCCGACGUCAGAGGUGCCGGAGAGCAUCUAUGAUAUAGAGCCUAUGCUGUUCUGGAACUGGAUUAUGCAGGUCCUCUACAACCCCAUUCUAGCCAUGGUCAAGUCGUCCAUCCUGUUCUUCUUGCUCCGGCUCGGAGGUCAACGCCGCAGCAUCAGGUGGUCGAUCCAUGCCCUCAACAUCUUCAACUUGGUCAUGAUGGUUGCUGUCUUCCUCACGGUCAUAUUCCAGACGAUGCCAGUCCGCGCCUACUGGGAUCUGAGUAUCACCCCGAAGUAUAAAAUCGACGGUCCUGCCUUCUACGUGAGCACGGCCAUCAUCACCAUUGUCACCGAUUUCCUCGUUCUCCUUCUACCCUUCUGGAUUUUCUUAGGCUUAAAAAUGCGCCUGGCUGCAAAGCUUGGUGUAAUUUUGAUUUUCAUGACUGGUGGGGUUGUCACGGCCAUCGGCAUUGUUCGAGUACACGAGCUGCGCAAGAAAUUCUACAACAUCCAGCCUGGAUACGAUUCCCGAGAUGGCAUUGGAGAUACCCUCAGUACCGUCGAGACCUGUCUAGCUAUCAUCUGCGCCUGUGCCCCCGCGAUGCGACCUCUCUUCAGGCGAUGGCUCCCUGGCCUCUUCACCAACGAUUCAAGCCGAGAACGCUACGGUUACAACAACACCAGUGGAGCCCACACCGGCUAUGGAACUGGCUCCCGAUCGCGGGCGCGGCAUACCAAGACUGGGAGCAUACAUGACAUUGCCCUGGACAACAUUAAGCGGUCCGGUCAUGCUGACAUCCAUGGUCAUUCGCCCAGCGGCAGCGAGGAGGAAAUCAUAACGUAUAAUAGUAUUGUUAGGACUACUAAUAUACAGGUUUCUUAUAAUGAAACUUCCGAGGCAGAGGCGGUAAAUCAACGAAGCAAGUACGAUGGGGGUUUAGGGGCUAUUGAUUUUGAGACUCGGGCCCAGUCCUCUAAGAGUCCGGUUUAA